AUGUCCAACGUUCUUCUUUUCGGCGAUCAGACCGCCGAGCAGUACCCUCUGCUUCGCAAGGUAGUCCUGAGAACCAAGAACGCUCUUGUUCUUAACUUCCUGGAGCGCACUGUCGUUGCUCUGCGCGGAGAAAUCGCCCAACUCUCCCGUCCUCAGCGCGAUGCCAUCCCGGAUUUCAUGACCCUCAACAACUUGGUCGACCUUUACUACGAGAAGGGUUUGAAGCUCCCCCACCUCGAGAGUUCCCUGGUCACCAUCGCUCAGCUUGGUCACUACAUCGGCUACUUCUCCGAGAACACCAGCGAGCUCCCUCCUGCUGCCAACACUCGCAUUCUUGCUCUCUGCACUGGCUCGCUUGCCGCUGCCGCUGUCGCUUCCGCCAGAACUCUCGAUGAGCUCGUCACCCUCGGUGUUGAGACCGUCCGCAUCGCCUUCCGCACUGGUGUUCGCGUCAAUGAAGCCAGAACUGCUUUGGGCCAGGACCUUAUGUCCAGAGAGAGCUGGUCUACCAUCGUCACUGGUAUCAACGAGCAGUCCGCCAAGGAAGCUCUGAACGCUUUCCACGAGGCUGCUGGCAUUCCCACUACCAGCCACGCCUAUAUCAGCGCUGUCAGCACCAUGGCCAUCACUAUCAGCGGCCCUCCUACCACCACUAAGCGCUUCUUCGAGGAGUCCGAGGCUGUUCGCAAGAACAACCGCGUUAAGAUUCCCGUUUACGCUCCUUACCACGCUGAGCACCUCUACAGCAAUGCCGAUAUCGAGACCAUCAUUGGCGAGGAGUCUGCCAAGCUUCUCCAGGCUUACCAGCCUCGUUCGUUGGUUCACUCCGGUUCAUCUGGCAUGUGCCACGUUGCCGAGAACACCCUCGAGCUGUUCAAGCUGUCUCUGAACGACAUGCUCAGAUCCCCAGUUGGCUGGAACAACCUCCUCGAGGAGAGCGUUUCCCAGAUUACCGCCAACACCAACGCUUCUGCAAAGGUCUUCUGCAUUGGUGUCAGCAACGUAUCCAACAGCCUCGUCUCGGCCAUCAAGGCUGGUGGCCAGUCUUCAGUCUCCCUCGUUGACCACUCUGCCUGGGAGUCUGCCGUCACUGAUGCCACUCACGGUCGCACUCAGAACGACAAGAUUGCCAUCGUUGGUAUGUCUGGUCGUUUCCCCAGCGCUGCCAGCACCGAGGCUCUUUGGGAGCUUCUCGAAAAGGGUCUUGAUGUUCACCGCAAGAUUCCCUCUGACCGUUUCGAUGCCGACGCUCACUGCGAUCCUUCUGGAAAGGGCAAGAACAAGUCGCACACUCCUUACGGUUGCUUCAUUGACGAGCCUGGUCUUUUCGACCCUCGCUUCUUCAACAUGUCUCCUCGUGAGGCUGCCCAGACCGAUCCUAUGGGUCGUCUGGCUCUUGUCACCGCCUACGAGGCUCUCGAGCAAUCUGGUUACGUCCCCAACCGUACCCCCUCUACCAAGCUCCACCGCAUCGGUACCUUCUACGGUCAGACCUCUGACGAUUGGCGUGAGAUCAACGCAGCCCAGAACGUCGACACCUACUUCAUCACUGGUGGUGUGCGUGCUUUCGCACCCGGUCGCAUCAACUACUACUUCAAGUUCAGUGGUCCUUCCUUCUCGAUCGACACUGCUUGUUCGUCGUCUUUGGCUGCCAUCCAGCUUGCCUGCACUUCGCUGUGGGCUGGUGACUGCGACACUGCCUGUGCUGGUGGUCUGAACGUCCUUACCAACCCCGACAUUUUCUCUGGUCUUUCCAAGGGUCAAUUCUUGUCCAAGACAGGUUCUUGCAAGACUUAUGACAACGCUGCUGAUGGUUACUGCCGUGGUGAUGGUUGUGGUACCGUCGUCCUCAAGAGAUACGAGGACGCGCUUGCCGACAAGGACAACAUCCUUGGAUGCAUUCUUGGCGCUGCCACCAACCACUCUGCUGAGGCUGUUUCCAUCACUCACCCCCACGCUGGUGCCCAGGAGUUCCUUUACAAGAAGGUUCUCGCCAACGCUGGUGUUGAUGCCCACGAGAUCAGCUACGUCGAGAUGCACGGUACCGGCACCCAGGCUGGUGACGGCAUCGAGAUGACUUCGGUCACCAACGUCUUCGCUCCUCGUCACCGCCAGCGCAAGCCUGAGGAGAAGCUCCACCUCGGCGCCAUCAAGGCUAACAUUGGUCACGGUGAAGCCGCUUCUGGUAUCAACUCUCUCUGCAAGGUUUUGAUGAUGAUGAAGAAGAACGCCAUUCCUGCCAACGUUGGUAUCAAGGGCGAGAUCAACAAGACUUUCCCCAAGGACUUGAAGGACCGCAACGUCCACAUCCCUCAGCAGCAGAUUGACUUCCCCCGUAACGGAGCCGAGAAGCGUAAGCUCUUCCUCAACAACUUCUCCGCUGCUGGUGGUAACACUGCCAUCCUACUCGAGGAUGGUCCUCUUCGUGAGGCCCCUAAGGCCGUUGACCCCAGAGGCACUCUUCCCGUUACUGUCACUGCCCGCUCUAUUGCUGCCUUGAAGAACAACAUCCAGCGUCUGCAGGGAUACCUCCGCGAGAACCCCGAGACCACUCUUCCCAGCUUGUCUUACACUACGACUGCCCGUCGUAUCCAGCACAACUACCGCAUUGCCUUCCCCAUUGGUGACAUCGCCAAGGUCAGCGAUGCUCUCCAGGCCCAGACCAAGGACACCUACAGCCCCGUUCCCAUGGUUCCUACCAAGACUGCCUUCUGCUUCACCGGACAGGGCUCGCAGUACACUGCUCUUGGCCAGAAGCUCUACCAGGACCUCAAGUCUUUCCGUGACGACAUCAACCAGCUCGACAACAUGGCUACCAUCCAGGGCCUUCCUUCGUUCAUUGAGCUGCUUGAUGGCACUGAUGUCGCUACUCUUUCACCUGUUAAGGUUCAGCUGGGUAUGGCUUGUAUUCAGGUCGCUCUCGCCCGCAUGUGGGCUUCGUGGGGCAUCACCCCUACCGCUGUCAUCGGUCACAGCUUGGGCGAGUACGCCGCUCUCCACGUUGCUGGUGUCAUCUCUGCCAGUGAUAUGAUCACUCUUGUCGGUCGCCGUGCUGAACUCCUUGUCAAGGACUGCACCCCUCACACCCACGGUAUGCUCGCUGUCAAGGGUAGCGCUGAUGCCAUCCGUGAUGUUCUCGGCUCCAAGAUGACCGAGAUUGCCUGCAUCAACGGCCCCGAGGAGACUGUCCUCUGCGGCAGUGGCGAGGUUGUUGGUGCUGCCAACGAGACCCUUUCCGCUCGCGGCUUCAAGGCCACCAAGCUCAACGUUCCCUUCGCCUUCCACUCGGCCCAGGUUGACCCCAUCCUUGAGUCUUUCAAGAAGGUUGCUUCUGCUGUCACCUUCAACAAGCCUGCCGUCCCUGUCCUUUCUCCCCUGUCUGGCGAUGUUAUUCGCGAAGCCGGUGUUAUUGGCCCUGACUACCUCGCUAGACACGCCAGAGAGACCGUCAACUUCUGGACCGCCCUGACCACUGGCCAGAAGGAGAAGAUCUUCGAUGAGAAGACUGCUUGGCUCGAAGUUGGUGCCCACCCUGUCUGCUCGGGCAUGGUCAAGGCUUCCGUUGGUGCCACCGUCACUGCUCCUUCUCUUCGUCGCAACGAGGACGCCUGGAAGACCAUUGCCACCAGUGUCUGUGCCCUCUUCAACGCUGGUGUCCAGAUCAACUUCGACGAAUACCACCGUGAGUUCAACGCUGCUCAGGAACUUCUUCCUCUGCCUACCUACUCUUUCGACAACAAGAAGUACUGGCUCGACUACACCAACAACUGGACCCUUACCAAGGGCGAGGCUCGUGAGGUCCAGAAGACCAUCGAGGCCGCUCCUCAAGCUGCCCCCGCCGUGGAGAAGCCUGCUAAGCGUCUCUCUACUUCCUGCCAGAAGGUUGUCCAUGAAGAGUUCGAGGCCAACUCUGGUACCGUUGUCAUCCAGUCCAACGUUGCCGAGCCCAAGCUCUUCCAGGCUGUCAUUGGUCACCAGGUCAACGACACUGCUCUCUGCCCCUCGUCCUUGUACGCUGACAUGGCAUUGACCGUCUGCGACUACCUCUACAAGCAGCUCAGGCCUUCCGCCCCCAAGAUUGGCAUGAACGUUUGCGAGAUGGAGGUUCCCAAGCCUUUCAUUGCCAAGAUGGAGCAACCUGCUGAGGGUCAGCACAUCCAGCUCGAGGCCAAGGCUGACCUCGACGAGGGUGUCGCUCACCUGAAGUUCAGAAGUGUCACUCCUGAUGGCAAGCUCAUCCAAGACCAUGCUCACUGUCUUGUCAAGUUCGAGGAUAUUAACUCUUGGACCGAGGACUGGGAGCGUAUCAACUUCAUGGUCAAGUCUCAGGUCGAUGUCCUCAAGGCUAAGACCAAGACCCAGGAGGCUCACGUCAUGCAGCGUGGUAUGGCUUACAAGCUCUUCAAGUGCUUUGUCAACUACAACGAGAAGUACCGUGGUAUGGAAGAGGUCAUUGUCAACAGCCAGACCACUGAGGCUACCGCCUCCAUCAAGUUCCAGAACGGUCCUGCCGACGGUGACUGGUACCAGGCCCCUUACCAGAUUGACAGCAUGUGCCACAUCUCAGGUUUCAUUGUCAACGCUACUGAUCUGAUCGACUCUGACAACAACGUCUGUAUCUCGCACGGCUGGGGUUCGAUGAGAAUCGCCAAGCAGAUGACUCCUGAGGGCAACUACCGCUCUUACGUUCGCAUGCUUCCCAAGCCUGGUAACGUUUACCAGGGUGAUGUUUACAUCAUGGAGGGAGACGAGAUCGUUGCCGUCUGUGGUGGUCUUAAGUUCCAGCAGAUCCCUCGCCGUGUCUUGAACGUCUUCUUGCCUCCUCAGAAGGCCGGCGCACCUGCCAAGGCUGCCGCCCCUGCCGCUCCCGCUGCCGCCCCCAAGGCAGUUGCUGCCCCUAAGGCUGCUGCUCCCAAGGCACAGGCCCCUAAGCCUGUUGUCAAGGCUGCUAAGGCUCCCAAGAAGGCUGCUGCAAAGAAGUCUCAGGGCGCUACCAUUACUUCUCGUGUUAUGCAAAUCAUUGCUACCGAGACUGAUGUUGAGCAGUCCGAGCUUGUUGAUGAGGCUGCCUUCGAGAACCUUGGUGUUGACUCCCUCAUGUCCUUGACUAUCUCUGCCAAGUUCAGAGAGGACCUUGACAUGGAGAUCAGUUCUACUCUCUUCACCGACUACCCUACCGUUGGUGAGAUGAAGAAGCACUUCUCUCAGUUCGAUGGAAAUGUUGGCCCUGUCGAGGAUGACUCAGAGGAUGACACCCCCGCCAGCUCUGCUCCUAGCACUGCUCCCAGUGAUGCUGGAAAGCCUGACAUUGACUCCCCCACCCGUGAGAUCCCUGACUCUGAGGUCGGUGAAGUCAGCCUGGCUCGCCACAUCAUCGUACAAGAAAUGGGCAUUGACAGCUCCGAGCUUACUGACGAGGCAGACCUCUCCGAGCUUGGUAUGGACUCUUUGAUGAGCUUGACCAUUCUCAGUGAGCUUCGCGAGAAGACCGGUGUCGACCUUCCCUCGACCUUCCUCUCGACCAACUCCACCAUCUUGGACAUUGAAAACGCUCUCGGUAUGCGCCCAAAGCCCAAGGCUAAGGCUGCUGCUGCCCCCAAGGCCGCAAAGCAGACCUCGCCUCAACUCGACAAAGUCAACGCCAAGCUUACCGAUCUUUCCAAGUAUCCCGCCGCAACCUCAGUCCUCCUCCAGGGCAAUGCUAAGAUUGCUACCAAGAAGAUCUUCUUCCUCCCCGAUGGUUCCGGUUCUGCUACAUCCUAUGUCAGCAUCCCUAACAUUGGUGGCGAUGUUGCUGCCUUUGGACUCAACUGCCCCUUCAUGAAGAGCCCUACCGACUGGACUUGUGGUAUUGAGACUGUCUCGCUCCUCUACCUCGCUGAGAUCAAGAGACGCCAGCCUCAAGGCCCUUACAUCAUUGGUGGAUGGUCUGCUGGUGGUGUCAUUGCCUACGCUGUUGCUCAGGCCCUGCUUGCCAACGGCGAAGAAGUCGACCGUCUGCUUCUUCUCGACUCCCCUUGCCCCGUCAACCUUGCACCUCUCCCUCAACGUCUCCACGUCUUCUUCAACGAGAUUGGUCUCCUUGGUACUGGUGACCCGUCCAAGACUCCCAAGUGGUUGCUUCCUCACUUCACUGCCGCCAUUCGUUCGCUCUCUGACUACGAGCCUCAACCUUCGUUGAAGCCUAUCAAGACUUACGCUAUCUGGUGCCGUGAUGGUGUCGCUGGUAACCCCGGUGACCCUCGCCCUCCCCCGGCUGAGGAAGAGGACCCUGCACCCAUGACUUGGUUGUUGAACCACCGCACUGACUUCACUGACAACGGUUGGGCUCAGCUUUGCGGUAACGACAUGAAGUUCGGUGUCAUGGGCGGCAACCACUUCAGCAUGAUGAAGGAGCCUCACGCACAAGAACUUGGCAAGCUCAUCCAAGAAGGUCUUCAGAUCUAA